CGUCAUCUGUGACGUUACCAGCUAAAUCCGUAUGACUCCCUGUACAUCAUCUGUUACAUUUCCAAUAGCGCAACGCACCAUUUCUCUAUCAAAUUAAACACAUACACACAUUUGCAUUCACUUUUUUCCAUCACACAUUUCAUCGGAAAACACACACAGUCACAGUAAUCGCCGAUGGGGAGUUCACCUGAGACGGAGCAUGCUGUUAAGGCCUUGGGCUACGCCGCCAGAGACACUUCUGGCGUACUCUCCCCCAUUAACUUCUCCCGGAGGGAAACAGGGGAUGAAGACGUGAGGUUCAAAGUGUUGUACUGUGGAGUCUGUCACUCUGAUCUUCACUCUGUUAAGAAUGAAUGGCACAACGCCAAGUAUCCCAUGAUCCCUGGCCAUGAGAUUGUGGGUGUGGUGACUGAAGUGGGAAGCAAGGUCAAAAAAGUCAAAGUAGGAGACAAAGUGGGGGUGGGUUGUAUGGUCGGGUGUUGCCAUUCAUGCGAUCAAUGUGGUGCAGAUCAAGAGCAAUACUGCCCAAAAAUGGUACAAACAUACAAUGACUCUUCUAUGGUAACCUACGGUGGUUACUCUGACCACAUGGUAGCCAACGAACACUUCAUCGUCACAUGGCCCAAAGACUACCCACUUGAUGGUGGUGCGCCGCUUCUAUGCGCUGGAAUCACUGUUUACAGCCCGAUUCGAUACUAUGGGCUCGAUAAACCUGGGAUGCAUGUUGGUGUGGUUGGGCUUGGUGGGUUGGGUCAUGUAGCUGUUAAGUUUCUUAAAGCUCUUGGUGUUAAGGUUACUGUGAUCAGCACAAGUCCCAAGAAAAAAGAAGAAGCGAUUAACACUUUUGGCGCUGAUUCUUUCUUGGUGAGCCGGGAUCAAGCCGAGAUGCAGAGUGGUGUGGGUUCUUUGGAUGGAAUUAUUGACACUGUUUCUGCUGAUCAUCCUCUUGUGCCUUUGAUUGCUCUGUUAAAGCCUAACGGUAAACUGGUUUUGGUUGGUGGUCCAACCAAGCCGUAUGAGCUACCUGCUUUCCCUUUGCUUUUUGGUAGGAAGAUGGUGGGAGGAAGUUUGAUAGGAGGGAUAAAGGAGACACAGGAGAUGAUUGAAUUUGCAGCUAAACAUAAUAUAACGGCAGCGAUUGAACUCAUUCCCAUUGAAUAUAUCAACACUGCAAUGGAGCGUCUUGCAAAAGCUGAUGUCCGUUAUCGUUUUGUUAUUGAUAUUGGUAACACAUUGAAAGCUGCUUAAUAAUUGUAGUGAUGCAUUUAAAUAUUGUGGUUUGAGUUUUUUUGAGGUGAGACUUUCGGUCGGUGAUAUUAUUACCAUUUUCUUGUUAUGGAGAAUUAUCAUAAAUUAUAAAAUUGUGUGAUAUGUAAACAACUACCCCCCCUCCCCAAACAAACAAAAAAAAAAAGUAUGAGAGUAAGCUCAUUUAGGAUUGAACAUUUGAUCUCCGAACCGGACCAGAAACCGCAUGUAGAUCGAAACCGGUUUACAAGAAUUGGUCCCGUCAUAGGUUCUUUGUAUCGUGCAAAAUUGGUCCAAUCUGGCUGGUUUCAGGUAUAAAACGAUUUGUACCAGAAUGAGUCGGUUAUCGAUUCUUUGUAUUGAGGGAUUUAUUUGCAUUAAUGAGGUGUUUUUCAAAACACUUAGCCAUAAUGGG